CCAUAAGGACAGAAAGCUGUCCAACGUGUAAGAAGGUGUACGGGACAAAGACAGGUGACAUGCCGGAUGGGACGAUGGCAGUGAGACACACUCGGGGCUCUCUCCCUGGUCACGAGGGAUGUGGUACCAUCGAGAUAGUCUACAACUUCUCUCCUGGAGUCCAUAAUGGACGUCACUACAGAACUAAUGGGUUUCCCAGGAUGUGCUAUUUACCAGACACUGAGAAGGGACAGAAAGUGGGUUACGUAACUACAUCAUACCUUUUAUGUUUUGUGUCCGAACCAACGUUAGUCAUCUAAAAUCAUCUUGACUAUUGUCAAUAUUAUCAACCGGCAACCCUCUCCCUGACCAGGUCCUGAGACUGCUGCAGGUUGCGUGGGAGAGAAAACUGACGUUCACAAUCGGGACGUCAGUCACCACUGGAGCCACAGACACUG